AGAUCUUUUUUUUAUCUUUAAAAAGAUAUUUGUCGUUCUCUCUCAUUCUAAUCUGCCGCCAAACUACGUGAUUGGUGGUAUUGAAUAAUACCUUGAACGCCGUAAUGCCCAUGUAAACAUGUGUCCGGAAAGUUCGCCGCAGCGAAAAUUCGUUUGAUCAAUAAAACUUGCAAGAAUAUAUCUAUCAUGUUGAGUAUCGUGACGAGAACUAGCAUAAUCUCGAGGCUCUCUUGUAAGUUAUUAAAUAGAACUUCUACAAUCGAAGGAAUCGUUCGUCAAUUAAAUAGGCAUGGAAUCCACGGUGGGGGUUAUGUUAAACAUAAUUCAACGUUUAUGCCGAAGAAAAAUUGGCGAACGUUGCUGCAAUUAUCUGUAAAUAGUUUCAAUUCACCUGCUUUGCCGUAUUCGACACAGUACGAACUUAGCUCUGUACAAUAUGAGAAGAUCUGUGAUGAGACUCUAGACUCGUUAACUGAGUACUUUGAGGAAUUGGUCGAAGCAGCGGCGCAUUUGCCAGACGCCGAUGUGGCUUAUGGAGACGGUGUGCUGACCGUAAAGUUUGGUGAGCCACAUGGCACUUACGUUAUAAAUCGCCAAACGCCAAACAAGCAGAUUUGGCUCUCCUCUCCAAAAUCCGGUCCAAAACGUUACGAUUUUAUGAACGGCCGAUGGAUAUAUAAGCAUGAUGGAAAAAGUUUGCACGAGCUGCUGAAUAAUGAGAUUCCAACGAUUGUAAAAAAUCAGGCAUGCUUUGACAAGUGUUCCUUUAGCGGUAGAGAGAAAUAAACUGUGAUAGAUAUGAUGUGAUAAAUAAUAUCAAUAAUUUCAUUAUGGCAUGAUUAUCAUAAUUCUCAUAAUUAUAUAAAAGUUAUUAUAAAGGUCUGAUUCGUGGAAAUUGUUGAGAAAUUUAAUUUACACACAUAAAAAUACAAAGGUGAUUCGGAAAGAAAUCAAUAAUAUAUAAGCACUAGUUUUUGGAAUUUUCAUGUGAGUAAUUUUAAUGUUUGAAGCAAUUACACGGCUAUUUUUGCACUGCAAUAAAAUUCUGCACAACAUGUACACUAUUAUUAAUUUAUAUUUUAUGUUGCAACGAUAAUAUGUAAGAAAGAUAAAACAAUAUAUGUAAGUUAUCUUGAAAGAGAGGAAACAUCGGCAUGUAAGAUAUUUUGUAAUUAAUAUAAAUAAUGAUAUUUAAAAAUAUAAAUCCACUUUGUA